AAGCGUGUCAAGCUCGUGACGUCAGGAGAGUGCAGAGAUCUAGUGGCGGUGCCGCUCGCCCCUCUUUCUGUUAUUUCAGGCAGAUGCGGGGAAGUCGGAGAGGAGGCGGGUGGCUCUCCUGCCGAAGGGAUUGGCUUGGGGUUAUUUGGCCCGCUCCGCUUCGCAACCAAGGACGCUGGAAGCCGCCUCUGGAGCGCCCUCCCUUUCCCGCGGCUGAGAGUUUUCGUUGAAUUCGUUCACCGCCACCCCCAACCCCCCUUUCGCUUUUCCUCCUUGCCAUGCACCAGGAUCUAGCCACCGCUAGCGGCGGCGGCGGCAGCAGCAGGAGGAACUUCCCAAACAGGAACCUAAUGGCUGCGAAGGUGAAAAUCUAAGCGCGAACUCUCAUCCUGCCCCGGGGAGAAAAACCGUGCAGAGGGGGAAGAAGAGGCGGCAAGCAACCAUGAGCCCGGGGGCUCAGCACUGAUGCUUGCAUCGUUGCCCCCCGGUGGGAGACUUCGGAGGUCCUUCCCUCCUUUGGGGGCACCGCAGACCGCGAAACCCGUGAGCGGGAGACGCCCGGAGACGAAGGGGAAGGAGGGGAAAGAAAAAAGUCGAUUUGGCCGCCCGAGACUCCCGAGCCCGCCGCUGAACUUCGCUUGAACUCCCGAUUGCGCUUCUCCUUUUGCCCCCGGACCCUUCUCCGCCGAGAGGUUUUGAUUGCCCUCGCUGCAGUUUUUCGAGGCGUCGCAAUUGCCUCUUUCAAAUAUAUUACACACAAACACACACAUACACACCCCCAGAACUAUUUUUGGCCAAUAUCAUGGCGAUGAAAGGGGCUGUCGCAAACACCGGGAUCUUGUUAGUUACAGCCAACGUCGGAUCCUUGUUCGAUGAUGUGUGUCACAUUGCUGAAUGAAGCAAUUUCACGGGUUGUAGAAGUAACUCCCUCCAGCCACUGUGGAUCUCCGUGAAGAUGACCUUGACGUUUGCCAGCUGGAAUGCUUUUGUUUUGAUUGAAGUGCAAGUUCCUUGAUGCAGCUGUAAGGCUCGAUUCCCCAUCUCCCUGCCUAUGGCAACUCGAGAGCAGCCAGAAAACCUGCAGAAGAAUUGGCUGCGGGAAUUCUAUCAGAUUGUACAUGCACAUAAGCCACACUUCAUGGCAUUACAUUGUCAAGAGUUUGGAGGGAAAAACUAUGAAGCAUCUAUGUCUCACGUGGACAAGUUUGUUAAAGAAUUGCUAUCUAGUGAUGCUAUGAAAGACUACAACAGAGCCCGGGUUUAUCUGGAUGAAAAUUUCAAGUCACAGGAACACUUUACGGCACUGGGCAGCUUUUACUUUCUACAUGAAUCCUUGAAAAAUAUUUACCAAUUUGACUUUAAAGCUAAGAAAUACAAAAAAGUUACGGGGAAAGAGAUCUAUUCAGAUACAUUAGAAAGUACACCUAUGCUGGAAAAAGAAAAGUUCCCACAGGAUUAUUUCCCUGAGUGCAAAUGGUCCAGAAAAGGAUUCAUACGAACAAGAUGGUGUAUUACUGACUGUGCCUUUGACUUGGUAAACAUUCAUCUUUUCCAUGAUGCUUCCAAUUUAGUUGCUUGGGAAACAAGCCCAUCUGUUUACUCAGGAAUAAGGCAUAAGGCCCUUGGUUAUGUACUUGACAGAAUCAUAGAUCAGCGGUUUGAACGAGUUUCAUAUUUUAUCUUUGGUGAUUUCAAUUUUCGACUGGAUUCAAAGUCAGUGGUAGAGACACUUUGUGCAAAGGCUACAAUGCAGACUAUCCGGGCUGCUGACACUAAUGAAGUAGUCAAACUAAUAUUCCGUGAAUCUGAUAAUGACCGAAAGGUUAUGCUACAGUUAGAAAAGAAACUCUUUGACUAUUUUAAUCAAGAUGUUUUUAGAGAUAACAAUGGCACUGCGCUUUUGGAAUUUGACAAAGAGCUGUCAGUCUUUAAAGACAAAUUAUAUGAACUGGACAUUUCAUUUCCUCCCAGCUAUCCAUAUAGUGAAGAUUAUAGCCAGGGAAUGCAAUAUAUGAACACUAGAUGUCCAGCUUGGUGUGACAGAAUCCUUAUGUCACAUUCUGCCAAAGAACUCGUUUUGAAGUCUGAAAAUGAUGAGCGGCAAGUGGUGUAUGACCAUAUAGGACCAAAUGUCUGCAUGGGGGACCACAAGCCCGUGUUCCUGUCCUUUCGAAUAGCCUCUGGGGCAGGAAAAAGAUGCCUCCGACAUGAGAAGAUAUUUCGGGAAAGUUCAUUAUAGCGAGGAGGAAGAGGAGGAAGAAGCUUCAAACUCCCGCCCAUCGCUUAAAUCGUGACAGCUCUAGCCAUCCAUCCAUCAAGUCCUGCGUGCCCUGUCUUCUUUUAUUAUUACUGUUCUUGUUAUUUUAGGCUGUUUAUGCUCCACUAGCUUAUUUCUGGCGUGGACACAAGUCCCCACCACCCCCAAAAAUCUCUUAUACCUCACUGUCCUGUAUAUUCUCGUGUCAUCAAAAGUGGACUUUUUAUUUUUAUAUGGCAAUGCCUAUAUUAUGCUACAGUCUGGUUGCCAAAACACACCUACAAAGAAAAUCCUCAUAUUAGUUUUUUUUUUUAGUGUUUUGCCUCUUGGAUUUCACUGUGAGGUUUGUGUUUUUAGUUGGUCAAUGUGGAAUGAGUGUGUAUAUAUAUAUAUGUGUAUAUAUGUAGACACACCUUCCACAUUAAGACCACCUUCCACAUUAAGAUUAUUUUCAUCACCCUUCCCUAGCUUAAAGCCAGGUUGGGAUGUUAUAUAUUGCCUUGUGUAGAAGUCCUGCUGUGUUAUUGUUGUUGUUUGAACCUGUGAUAUUUGGGGGUGGGAAAGAGGAUCCAAGUUCGUUUUGUUUUUUGUUUUGUUGUCCUUUUUAUAACUUGUUUUCUCAUGUUAUUUACUAUACUGCCAUGUUCCAUGGUUUCUGAAUCACACAACAGCAGCUGCUUUCUAUACGUGUAUAUAUUUAUAUAUAUAUUGUAUGUGAGUGUGUAUAGAGAUAUAUAUAUAUACACAGAUAUAGAAAUAAUUUAUAAUUACAAACGGUCUGUCUUUCCUGAUACAAAUAAGACUUUUCCAACAAGCCCAAAUAAUAUCACUGUUAUCCGGCAGGAAAUUCUGCCACCGGUUAUUCAACUCGGGAUUAACUUGCAAACCCGAGGAAAGGGAGGCAGAGUUCGCGAUGGGAGGAGGCUGCUGGACGCUUCACACCCCUUCUGAAACACGUUUCUUCCGCAUGGAAAGCUUUCAAGGAGACACGGAGAUCCCACUGGGCGCGUAGCGGCUCGUCCUGAGUUCCUGACUCCACUUACUUCGGAGCAAGCUUGCCCGGGCUCAGCGCUACCAGUGUGGACACGCGUUUCAAGAGGCGAGUGUGAGCCCCCCGUAGACUGUAGUGCCGGUUAAGAGCUGUUCGGCCGAGGGGGGCUUCUCCCGUGGGAGGUGCAGCGAGGUCCAGUGCUCCACAGUCCAGUGCUAUAAUCACACAGGUCAGCAGCAGCUCAGGUGCCAAACAAAGCACGUUCGUGAAGAGCAGACACAAGAAUCGGGGAUGGGGGGGACGGACCAGCCCCUCGUCGGGGAACACUUGUUGAUUCGGACUAGAGGAGGGUCGAGAAAGCUGGAGCUUCGUUGAGAGCUCUCCCCCCGCCCCUUUCCGGAGUACAGCAUUAAAAGGUGAUUAGCGAGUCUGUUGAAGAAACACACGCGGAAAGCGUUAUUGAUUUUAUUGAGAACACUACCGAGCUCAGGGAACGGGCGGGGGCGGGAGUCGGAAGAUGCCUUUGGAGAACAAAUCAAGCUUUGCGGUGGGUGGGGUGGGAAGAGGGAGGAGAAAACGAGAGGGAGGGAGGAAUGUCUCCUAUGUCCCUGAUCCUACAGGAGUGGGAGCCAUUGGACGCGGGUGGAAGGACACGGAGCCGCCUAAGGCUUGGAGGGGUUUGUGUGUGUGGCGGAUUCACUGCGAAAUGAGCAUUCUGGUUCUCAAGCAAUAAAAAAAAAUGAUC